AUGAACCGACUGAUGCUGGCAACGCGGACGGUUCGCUCAUUUGCGUCGUUUGCACCGAAGACGACGACGGGGAUCGAACACGCCGAAGCCGCUAAGAAAAACGAAGGUUUGAUCAUCGUUUAUUUUGAAGUUAAUCUACGAAGUUUGGAGUGAAGCGAAUUGUUUUAGGCGGAAAUCCUGACUGGAAACUUUACAAGGCCGACGAUUACUUGAAGUUCGACAAAUAUUCUUUUUAUCAAGCAGAGGUAUCGUAUAUAUUCGUCCCAUAUAAAUAUGAAACAAGAACUUUAAAAAAAAAUUUGAUACUGAUUUGUUUUUUCAUCGCUUUCCAAGAAAGUUUUUGGUCCUUUUUAGGUUACGAUGGAAAAGGAUCGUGUGACGCAGCCAAGCAACAAGAGACCCGAUGAAAUGCCGAAAACUCGUUCUUAA